UCCCAGCAGGCAGUGCAGCCUAGAGACGCUGACAAAGGAGCGGAGGGGCAGUCGCAGCUGCUUUCCGAGGAGCCGGGGUUGCCGAGAUUGCCAAAAUGCUUUGGAGUUUUUAACUAACUGACUUAAGAAAAGUCCAAAAUAGAUUUGAGACUGUAAAAACAGAAGCUGCAGCAAGGGGGAUUCAGUGCCAAUGCAUCAACAAAAAAGACAGCCAGAGUUAGUGGAAGGAAAUCUUCCUGUUUUUGUGUUUCCCACGGAGCUAAUAUUUUAUGCAGAUGACCAGUCAACACAUAAGCAAGUGUUGACUCUGUAUAAUCCCUAUGAGUUUGCCUUAAAGUUCAAAGUUUUGUGUACUACUCCAAAUAAGUAUGUUGUCGCUGAUGCUGCAGGUGCAGUAAAGCCUCAGUGUUGUGUGGAUAUUGUGAUUCGUCAUAGAGAUGUUCAAUCCUGUCACUAUGGCGUAAAAGACAAGUUCCGCUUUCAAGUUUCCGAGCAAAGCCAGAGGAAGGCUUUAGGAAGGAAAGAGGUUGUGGCUAUUCUUCUCCCAUCUGCAAAAGAACAACAAAAGGAAGAAGAGGAAAAAAGGAUAAAGGAACAUUUAACCGAAAGUUUAUUUUUUGAGCAGUCCUUUCAACCAGAGAACAGAGCUGUGUCCUCGGGACCUAGCUUCCUAACUGUCUUCCUGGGAGUGGUGUGCAUUGCAGCUUUGAUGCUUCCCACACUGGGGGAUGCGGGAUCGCUGGUGCCCCUCUACCUCCACUUAAGUGUGAAUCAGAAGCUAGUGGCCGCUUAUAUCUUAGGUCUUAUCACAAUGGCUAUACUUAGAACAUGAGCAAGGAAUUCAGUUGACUUCUGAAGUAAAUUUAUCUUGCAAAUAUGAAUGUGGACUGCCUUUUAUCUCUCUUUCACUCCAUUAACAUGCUACAAACUAUUGAAUGAUUUACGACAAUUGCAAAAGUAUAAUAUAUAUUUUAAAUUACUCUAUAAUUUUAUUGGAAGGACUCCAAUACAUUAUGUUACAGACAGCAAGGAUGCUUCUGAGUGACACCUAGGAAAUUAUUUGAAGAAAUUCUUUUUAUAUCUAAAGCUGUUGUGCAAAAGACUUUAACUAAAACAUCUAUUUUCUCAUUUUUUUUUUCUAAUUCACUUUGAUUCUUAAGGUUAUAUGUCCUUCCAAGUGAAAGGCCUGAAAGAGCAAACUGACCAGCCUAAACAUGAAAUGACAUUUAUUUCCCUAACUACAAACAGCAGUGUUACUAUGUAAACGAUACCUUGUCCUCUGUCAUUAUAAACAGUUGCCAUGGUGUUUUUAAAAAUAAGUCUUACAGUUAAUGUGUGGAGGGUAAAAAAAAAAAAAAGAAAAAGCAUAAAGUAUGGAGGGAUCAUGCUUAUCCUGUCCUAGGAUCUCCCAGAAGACCAGACAUAUUUAAUUCAUAUGGUGAACUACAGGAUAGGUAGUUCUAGGGUUUUCUUUGACACUCCUAGAAGUAGCAUGACUUCUCUCUUUGGUCUAAGAAUUUGAAAGGAAGGUAGGCAUUUGUUUAGUUAUUUGGUUCACCCUGGCUUUACCUCUGGAUCAUGCUUUAUGUUAAUAGGAGGAGGAAAAAAUCACUUUAUCUUUCUUCCUAACCCCUUGCCUGACUGUCAGCAACUAGCCCGGACUGGGAUUACCAGAUGCCGGGUGGUGUAUGUAGAGAUGUUUUUCACCUUUAAACUCUAAGCCAAGUAUAGGAAAUCCUUGAUAUGUGUCUAUUUUAUAUCAGUCACUGAGACAUUUUUUAAGUUUCUAUUUAUUAAAACAACUUUACCAAAAAAAAAAAAAGUCCCCAAAGCACAAAUAUUUACAUUUCUUUAUAGCUUCUUCUGAUCUUUAACAUAUAUAUGUAGUUUUAACUGUUAUUGUCAUAAUAAGUGAUCUUUUGACUUAGGAUUUUUAUCUGAGAGCACAAUGCAUUGAGUCUCUUGAAAAUCAUCUUUCAGAUCUUUUUAUAGAAUGAACUUCUGCACUGCUACUGUAGUCUUCCCAAGGAAUAUACAUAACCACAAAAUGUAUGCCCGAGGUUGGUGUUUGCAGGAAAUAGUACUUUGCUUCUAAAGUGAAAGCUUUUACAUAUCCUCUUUAAUAGAAAAUCCUCAUUGUUUAACAAUUUGGGAAAGCUAAAUCAUUAAAUGGAUCAUGUCUGUACAUUAUGUAAUGACUGAGAAGACAGAAAUGUAAUUUAUUUUAAACUUUGUUAAAAAAAAUUGUUUGGAGGUUAUUCUUGUUUCUCUGUCCCUUUCAAGCCCUCCCAUGUAUGUGUGUGUGUGUGCGCGUGUGUGUAUGAGAUGACACAUUGUAAAGGACAAAUUACUUUAAAAAAAUAAAUGGAAAUGGAGGCCUGAGUUUCACACUGA